AUGCAGCGAGCCUGCCCGGACUGCGGAUCAAGUGAUGGUCUCCGCUUCAUCGCAGACGUAGGUCAAGAAGUCUGCUCCAAGUGUGGUGCUGUGCUCGACGACUUGCAGAUUUACAACCCAACCAGUGCACAUGACAUUGCCUAUUCUCUAGGUGGAUCCGUAGAUCAUCGGCUACCUGCUUCGUCGAUCCAAUCCCUAGUAGGGCCAUCAGGGCGGCCUCUCUGGUCCAACACUCUCCAGGACUCACGGCGGCUCAACGAGUAUCAUCGCAAGCCCGAAGUCGAUGCUCGCAUUCAAGGCACACUGGCCACUCUGGGGUAUUCUGGUCUCUUCUCUGCGGUCGAGUUCCUCUUUCAACGCGCUCGUGAGGCUUCCUGGAGGGAAGCACCAGCCACCUCAUCAACGGACGCGAUAGCAAAUGGUCACGAUGAGGGUGUGCCCUCUCUCCUGCUCCCUCGCCGGGUCAAAUGGGGACAAGCUUCCCUUUUGCUAGCCACUGCGUGCUGCUAUGCUGUGCUGAGACGCGAAGGGGUUCAUGUCGACAUUGAGACCGUAUCAGAAGCAGCGCAUCAGCCUACACCCAACGUGAAGCGUUCCUUUCGACUGCUCAAACUUCUCGUCGCAGAUGCAGUCCGCCACGUCAAGCUCGCCAAUCCCGACCCUUACGUCCAUCGCAUCCUCAUGUUCUUCCACUUUCAUCUUGUCAACCGCGGCUCGCCUCUUUUCGGCAAAGCAGUCGCCAAGUUUCUAGAGCCGCUUCGAUCCUCAACGCCCCAGGUCAACUCUAAUCCGACUCGUAGCCUUGUUAACACGCCAUUCGAGGCCAUCGAAACUUCUGCGAUGGAUCUCUGCAGCUUUUGGUGGCCUAAGCGGUCUCGAUUCGCCACCGAGCCUCAGCUUGCUGCGUUUGCCAUCGUUGUUGUCGCGAUCGAGUCUCACCUCAAGUCUCCUGCGCCCAUCUACGAGAUCUUUCGUUACACCCAUCACGCCCUCCAGUUCAAUCCUUCCCACAAAGGCAGCAAAGCAGUACCUCAGCUCAGUAGUGAAGACCUUGCCAGCAAGGCUACCAUUGCUUUGCACAGUGAAAUAUGUCAAGCUUUGCGACAAGAGGCUUCCAAGAUCCCCUGGCUUUCCGGAAUGAUGACGAUCACCCAUCGAGGACACGCAAAGAAGAGCCUCAAAAGGGUCCAGAAACACACGAACACCUCAAUGACGAGCAUCACCGACAUGGUUCGUCGCGAGCUUUUGGCUCAUGUGCUUGACAUACUGCACGUGUGGCGGGCGGUUUCGGCCAAAAUUUGGCAGGACGAUCCGAAGCAGGGGGCCAACGAGGUCUCAUCACAGCCAAAGGCAGCCGACGCUCCGACAAUACAGGCGUUGAGCAGCGACGAAGGAGCGUCUGACAGCAGGGAUCGUGAGGCCGGCCCUGACGAUGAAUUGGACAAAGACGAGCUAACUUGCUUCCUUGCAACUGCUCCCACUGCAAUCAGAGACGGGCGAGACUGCGACGACAUUCGGAUCAGCGUUUCAUCCCAAGCUCGCGAUUAUGCGGCUAUCUGGCCCAGCAUCGCGUCACGUCUACAACAAGCCGGCGUACUUGAAGGCCCCUUAGCUGAAACACAUCCGAUCGAUCUCUUGUCUAACGAACAGGUUGACCAAUGGCUGUUCGAUGCGAAGGAACUCGACUCGCUUUUACGAACUGACCCCACCGAGAUUGCCGUGUUUGAGCGAGCAAAAGUUGCUGCUGGCGACUGGCCUGCCCAAUCGGCGGAUGAAAGGAAUGCCGAGUUCAUACUUCUAGCAAAAAAUAUCGCCCAGGAGCUCGCUUCCAAAGAGAACAGUUCGUCUUCGCCUCGAUCAGUGGGACGAGGUGGCAAAAAGCGACCAAAGCACACCACGAACCCAUCAGAAGCGUCACACGGCGUUUCCUCUUCACACCAGAGCAAACGACCCAGACCUCUCUCACCAGUCCCUUUACGCGAGCAGCAAGACGAGUCCGACUGGAGCGAUUGA